AUGUCUCCGCGCCGGUCCUCCCGAGCGCGAACCACCCAGCCCCCGCAGGGCCCAGGAACGGCACCUAGUGUCACUUCCUCGUCUGGCUCAUCUUCGCGCAACGAUCGUGCUGGAAGGUCCAACAACAAGCAAGCGUCACCUCACAAGUCGUUGACCCCGCACUCGCUCUCCUCAGAAGAGCCGGAAGAGCCACCCCUCGAUUCGCACAUCGAACCACCAUUGACCCGGCGCCGCACACGCGAGCAGGAUAACGAAGGGGACGACAUUGCGAAGCUCGAAGACGAGCUCGAUGACGACAUCGCAGAGGAGGACGAGGUGACGCGCUGCGUGUGCGGCUACUUGGACUACCCAGGCCUGCCAUCAGAUGCUGCCAAAUCCGGGCUGAUCGAUGUUGAAGCCCAGGGCGACGAUCUGAGCGGUCUGUUCAUCCAAUGCGACAUCUGCAAAGUCUGGCAGCACGGAGGCUGUGUGGGUAUCAUGUCAGAAGAAGCCAGCCCUGACGAGUACUUUUGCGAGGAAUGCAGGAAAGACCUCCACAAGCUUACGACAAGUCCUAAAGGUCAAAAGUACUCUCGAUAUAUUCCCGUCUACGACCAGCAAAAUGGCAAGGCCCGCAAGUCAUCCGAUGCGAAAGACUCUGAUAAGGCGUCGGGCAGAGACAAAGAUCGCAGCUCAAGAGCCAGUGUGGACUCAUUUGGCAAACGGCGGUCGACAAUGAACAGCCGAGCUGCUUACGACGAAGACGAAGUGCUGAGGAAGGUCAUCGAGGAGAGCAAACACGAGGGCCCACAGACCGAGGAAAAUGGCAGUCGCAAGAAGAGGAGCCGCGAAGACAGCGAGGAGAUUAAACCAGACAUCAAGCGACAGCGCACAGGCUCACGCUCGCCCAGCGGUUCACCCGUGCUAGAGUCAGAGGACGACAGUACAAAAGCGUCCGCGCCGAAGCAGAAACCACGAGGCGCUGCAGCGCGCAGUCAGCACCAGAAAGAACAACGUGAGAAAGACCGCGACAAGGAGCGCACUGAAGCUGCAAACAGACGGAAGGGACGUGCAGAGCGCAGGAAAGGCGACGGUAUGACAGCAGAUCAUCCUGCUAUGGGCGGUCGCCCACCACAAAAGGCGCGCGGCAGGCUUGGUCGAAAUCAGUACUCACGAGAUACUGUCCCUGCCACAAAUGGCGCUUCCCCCGCAGAUGGACCGGGCUCGCCACAACCAGGCGCCACAAAUGGUGUCAGCAAUGGACACGACAGCAGUGAUGGUACUGCUGGAGGAAAACCGGCCAAGUCAAAGAACUGGCGGCUGCAGAAGCUCUCAUGGAAUGACAUACGGCGGCCGGCGGGACAAAUGCAAAAUUACAUUGCUCAGCGGCAGGUAGAAAUGGCUGGCGAGAAGGCGCCAGCUGUUCAACCGGCGACAGGCCUGACGAAUGGCACAACAACACAGGAAGAUGUCAAAGAGGAUGUUGGAGACCUGGACAAGUUCAAGCAUCUGAGCACGACACAGAUGAUGGACCAUCUCAGCCGAGAUCUGGUCCACUGGCAGCACAUGAUUACGCAACCAAUCGAAAAAUGA